CAUUACUCAUUGUGCAGGUGGAGCAGCGUUCCUCGGAGGCGGUGGCGUUGUGCUCAUUGCAGUACGCUGAUAGUCGAUAUUGUUGUUUUAUCGCAGAAAGUAGCUCUAGUUGUCGCUCGCAGAAGAUCGGUGGCUCUGGAUUGUGUGAAAUACUCCGACGUUCAAGUUCAAACAGUAGCUGGAGGUGGCGGUAAGGUCACAUAGUAAUGACUCAGCAACCGUCGUCUGCUGAGGAGAGUAAACUCGGGCUGCUUUUGGAGGAUUUCCAAGAACUGAAGGUUUAAAGAAGCUGCCCGUUUGUUACCGUGGAAACCAGCGGAGUGGAGCAGGUUAUGCCACCCCAAAGGCUUCCUGGAUCCCCAGCAGUGAAAGAGAAGGGCUGAUCCCGUCCUCCUCCAGGUUCCUGCCGUGCAGCCCUUCUUUCCCUCUUUCUCUCUCCUGCUUAUUCCCCUCUCCCAAAGACACAAACCCUACCUGGCCCCAACACCUAAACACUUUGACCUUUGUCACCCACUUCUUGGACCACUCUUGUUGGUCCAGUCACGUCCACCGCAUCAUCUUCCUCACAGCAAUUCCAUAGCCAGUCUCCCCUCAUUCCAGCCACACUAGUCCACUUCCCUGCAGGACCCUGCACGUUUUAGAGGUCUGCUCUACCCUCUGGCUGCUUGCCGGGCCCCAUGGCUACAGGAGGUCAUGCCCCUGACAUAGAUGUGUUAAUAAACCUACAGCAGGUAAGGGUGGAAGAGGAAGAUGAGGAUGGAUGCGUGGAGGACCAGGAGGAAGAAGAGGAGGAAGAGAACUGGGAGAAAGCUCUGUCCGUGGAGCGCUUUGCAGACAUCAUCAGUGACUCUGCUUCUACCAGUGGAGACAGGAUGGGGCGACACUACACUGAGAAAGACUUUGAGUAUCACAGACACACAUUUCACCAUAUGCACCACCCCUUGUCCACUCACCUGCCCGUGCCCCAGCGUUUACGGAAAAGGGUACACAGCAUGGAGAAGAGGCGCAAAAAGAAGCGCAGGAAAAAAAAGACUUCGCUGCCGCCUUCUGACGUUACGCCUACCAUACACGAGGUAGACGAGGAAGAGGCGGAGUCGGAGACCGAAGGGCAAGGGGUGGCUGUCACUCACACAGAGCUCCCUGAGGUCCAGCCACAGUUUAGUUUGGGGAGCCAAGAGGACUUGGGGGAACCCCUUCACCACACUAUCGUCCACACGGAAAACGAAGAACAACCUUUGUCGAGGAAAACAACUGCGCUCACUCUGACAAAGGGGGCGGCUCAUAAUGGGGGAAUAACUGUUACUGGACAGAACGAUGACAUGGAUGGAGGAGAAGCAGCAUGCGACAGCGUUCCCUCAGGAUCAGAUCCCUCAAGUUCAAUCACACCUCAUGGCUGGUUCCGCAAGAAGCCUGUCCACCACCGUGUGCCGGGCACCCAGCGAAGCAACUACGACCUGCGGGAGCGGAUCUGCAUCGGCAGCAUGACUGCCCUGGAGACUGCCGUCUAUCAGCAGGUGCCCACUGAUGAGGCUGAAGCCCAAAUGUUGGUCAGCGCUGAUCUGGAUGACAUGAAAAGUCACAGAUUUGAGGAUAACCCUGGGGUGCGUCGGCACCUGGUGAAGAAGUCGUCCCGAUGUCACAUGAGCCGAACCAGCAACAGUUCUACGCCGCUGUCCAGCCUGAAGAAGAAGAAGAGGGCUGCGGAAAAGAAAACUCACGAGUUGUUUGUGGAGCUGAACGAGCUGAUUGUGGAGAAGGACCAUGAAAUGCGAUGGAAGGAGCGUGCUCGCUGGAUCAAGUUCGAGGAGGAUGUGGACGAUGAGACAGACCGCUGGGGAAAACCUCAUGUGGCCUCGCUGUCCUUCCGCAGCUUGCUGGAGCUUCGCCGCACCAUCACACAUGGUGCCAUCCUAUUGGACCUCGACCAGACCUCUCUGCCCGGCAUCGCCCACCUGGUCGUGGAGACGAUGAUCAUUUCCGAUCAGAUCAGAGCCGAGGACAGGCCCAACGUUCUUCGGGCCCUGCUUCUCAAACACAGCCAUCUAAGCGAUCACAAAAAUCGUUUUCAUCGCCACCACUCAUCCAGCAGUCUUCAUGGCAGCUACAACCACAACCACGUCCACGACACCAACCAGCCAUUGGUGUCCGAAGAGCACGAUGAGCACCACGAACACAAAGGACCCGUGUACGAUCCCAAACAAGACGUUUUUGUUAGCCUGUUUAAAUCUCUCCACCCUCUGCCGGAGACUCAUCCAGCCACAGCCAGAUCUAUGAAACUUCUCGCCAAGAUUCCCAAAGACGCUGAGGCGGUCAUUGUUUUAGUUGGUUGUGUUGAAUUUCUGGAGCAGCCGGCUAUGGCCUUUGUCAGGCUGAGCGAGGCAGUCCUUCUGGAGUCGGUGCUUGAGGUUCCCGUCCCUGUUCGAUUUAUUUUCGUCCUUCUCGGUCCCAGUCAGUCCAACAUGGACUAUCAUGAAAUUGGACGUUCUUUCUCCACUCUCAUGUCAGACAAGAACUUCCAUGAGGUUGCCUACUUUGCUGAUGACAGACAAGACCUCCUGAAUGGCAUCAAUGAAUUCCUGGACUAUAGCAUCGUGAUUCCACCAUCAGACGUGGAGGGAAAAGACCUCCUGAAGACAGUGGCUGACUUCCAGAAGCAGAUGCUGCGGAAGAGAAAGGAAAGAGAGCUCAAGAAGCACAGCUCCUUAAUUGGAGUAGAGUCAGAAAUCAAAGAGUUGAGUCCUGAGGAGGAGGAGGAGGGAGAACAGGAAGUGGAUCCAUUAAAGCGCUCAGGAAUGCCGUUUGGAGGUUUGAUUCACGACAUCCGCAGGCGUUACCCGCAAUAUGCGAGCGACUUAAAAGACGCCCUGGACAUGCAGUGCAUUGCUGCUGUCAUCUUCAUCUAUUUUGCCGCACUGUCACCCACUAUUACCUUUGGAGGCCUCCUGGGAGAGAAAACAGAAGGCAUGAUGGGAGUGACUGAACUCAUUGUUUCCACUGCAACUAUCGGAGUUAUAUUCUCACUGCUUGCUGGACAACCCCUUCUCAUCACUGGCUUCUCUGGACCCUUACUGGUGUUUGAAGAGGCCUUCUAUAAGUUUUGUCAGGUCUACAACUUUGAGUACCUGACUGGUCGAGUGUGGAUCGGCUUCUGGCUCAUCUUCAUCGUCCUGGUGAUUGUGGCAGCAGAGGGUAGCUUCCUUGUCCGCUACAUCUCACCUUUUACACAGGAGAUUUUCGCUUUCCUCAUCUCCCUCAUCUUCAUCUAUGAAACUUUCUCUAAGCUCAUCAAGGUUUUUAAGGAACAUCCACUGAUGACAGUGUAUCCCACUGACGCCAGUGGGUCUCAAAAUUUUGAUGGUCCCAUAUACAACCAGCCUAACACUGCUCUUCUUUCUCUGGUGCUCAUGAUGGGCACUUUCUUUGUUGCAUUCUUUCUCAGGAAGUUUCGAAACAGCCGGUUUUUAGGUGGCAAGGCCAGAAGGAUUAUCGGUGACUUUGGCAUCCCGAUCUCAAUCUUAGUUUCAGUACUGGUGGAUUACGCCAUUACUGACACUUACACACAGAAACUCAAUGUGCCAUCAGGUUUUUCUGUCACGUCUCCUGAUAAGAGAGGUUGGUUUAUCAGCCCCUUUGGUGACAAGAAGCCCUUCCCCACUUGGAUGAUGGGGGCGUCUGUUGUUCCUGCCCUGCUUGUGUUCAUUCUUAUUUUCAUGGAAACUCAAAUCACUUCGUUGAUAGUCAGUAAGAAGGAGCGUCGGCUGGUUAAAGGCUCCGGCUUCCAUCUGGAUCUCCUGCUCAUUGUCAUCCUGGGUGCCCUCUGCCCCCUUUUUGGCUUGCCGUGGCUCACGGCAGCCACUGUGCGCUCUGUCACUCAUGUUAACGCGCUCACAGUGAUGAGCAAGGCCACGGCUCCUGGAGAAAAGCCCAUGAUCCAGGAGGUGAAAGAGCAGAGGCUCACCGGACUUCUUGUGGCUGUGCUUGUUGGUAUGUCCAUAGUGAUGACAGAUAUUCUCCGCCUCAUCCCUCUGGCUGUGCUCUUCGGGAUCUUCCUGUACAUGGGGGUCACCUCUCUGACGGGCAUCCAGCUGUACGAACGCAUAACGCUUAUGGUCACGCCUGCCAAGCACCACCCGGACCACAUCUACGUCACCAAGGUGAAGACAUGGCGCAUGAACAUGUUUACCAUCACCCAGCUGGCAUGCAUCGUGGCUCUGUGGGUAGUGAAGUCUACUGCGGCCUCCCUGGCGUUCCCCUUCGUCCUCAUCAUGACGGUGCCGCUGCGACGCCUCAUCCUCUCCAGGAUCUUCGAGGAGCGUGAGCUCCAGGCGCUGGAUUGUGAUGAAGAUUCGCCCAACUUUGAUGAAGACGGACGAGAUGAGUACAAUGAGAUCCACAUGCUUGUAUAAAUUUAAGCUGGAGUCAGCUAAAAGGAUCACCUACACCCUGCAGGUCUGACCGAUCGGAGGAAGCAAAUCUUGGAAACCUCAUUGUCUCUGGAUAGCAAGAGGAGCUUCUGCAAUGGUGUUUGUAAAAUAUACAGAAUCUAUAGCUGGAUAAGCACUUUUUACCUUUAUUUAAUCCAUUUUUUUUAAAGCACAUCUAAUGUUAGAUCUUUGUGGUGGUGUCGAUGUCUUAACCCUGACAGAAAUAGCUCUGAAUGCAUACCUGAAGUGGGCUAUACCAAAUCUAGCAACAUACAUAACUUAUAUGAACUCUUUUUACCUGAUGUCUCCCUUUAAUUAGUCUGCAGGUUCUGGGCAUAAGUGCAAUGAUAACGGGGACCUUUAGGACUGCAGCAGGCUUGAUUAAUUCAGGCUUAUUUUGGCACUGAUCUGCGAGAAAGGAAAACUUUUCUUUAAUGAGGAGAGGAUUUCAAUCAAACUUAAUAAUUUUUUUCAGAUGAACUUUCUCUAAAUGUAAAGCCUUCAAUUGGUUUUACUGCCUCUGUUGUUAAACUGCCUUUUUCCUUUGUAUUACUGCCUUUGUCUAUAGGUUGCAAUGGUGUGCAAACAAGCAGUUAAGUCAGUCCUUUUCCUUUCUGUACAGACUUGUAGGAAAAAAGGUCACGUUUCUCUCUGCCAACCCAGCUCCCUGGCACAAGUCCUCAUCUCUAAAUGUAGUCUCCCGUGAAUCCAAAAUCCCCUAGAGACUGUGCCUCUUCAUGGGCUGCCACUGUACUUUUUUAAGGUGAUUAAAGCCCUCCACUGAUCCCAUUAUUAUGACCUUGGAUGUAUAAGUAAAUAGCUAACAUGGUCUAAACCUAUUUUUCUACUUUGUUGUAUCUAUUUAUUUUGUGACCUUUUGGACUUAACGCUAUACCAUGUUCUUAGUGGUAUUUAGAUUUCGGAUAGCUUAAGCUACUGUUAGAGUUAGUGUAAAAUAUAAAGAACAUUGUGUAGAGUGACACGUUAAAAACAGAAAAAUGUGUCUUUAUUUAAAGUAUCUGUCAGUUUUUUGCUAAAUUUGGUAUAUUUUUUAAGAGAUGUCAUGAAUAACGCACUUGGCUAACACAGACACGAUAGUAAUGAAAAUAAUGGGGAGUAUUUAAACAUUUGCAGGAUGCAUCAAGGUUGCAUUGCACAGACAGACUGUGAGCUUGGGAUUGUAAUUUACCAUCUAUUAGAGUUAUCCUAUAUUGCAACUAACACCUGCUGCUUCAAUAGGUACACCUGUUCAUCUCUUUGUUAUCGCAAAUCUAAUCAGUCAAUCGUACUGCAGCAACUGCAGUAAUGUAUGUAUGCAUAUAGACAUAGUCAAGAUGACUUCUUGAAAUUUGUCCAAGCAUCAGAUUUGGGAAGAAAGGUGUUUUUAAGUGACUUUAAGUGUGACAUGGUAGUCGGUGAUAGGCAGUCUGGUCCGAGUAUUUCCGAAACUGCUGAUUUGCUAGGAUUUCCCCACAAAAUCAUCUCAAGGGUUUAUACAGAAUGGUCUGAAAAAGACCAUUCAGUUCUCUUUCUGGGUGAAAAUGCAUAGCUGAUGCCAGAGGUCAGAGGAGAUUCUGCUUUGAGCUGAUAGGAAGGCAGCAGUAGCUAAAUUAACUACUCAUUGCAGCCAAGGUAUGCAGAAGAACAUCUUGGAAUGAACAACAUAUUGAACCUUGAAUCGGAUGAGCUACAACAGCAGAAGACCACACUGUAUAUCAUUUUUGAUGGCUCGUUCCUGCAGGAUGCAUGCCAGGUCAAAAACCUCAAAUGCCCUCCACCAGAUCUCAAAAGGGGGUCCAACCUGGUACUACCUAAGGCAGGGGUGUCGAACUCCAGGCCUCGAGGGCCGGUGUCCUGCAGGUUUUAGAUCUCACCCUGGGUCAACACACUUGAAUCAAGUGAUCACUUCACUACCAGGCCUCUGGAGAACUUAAAGACAUGUUGAGGAGGUAAUUUAGCCAUCUAAAUCAGCUGUGUU